AAGGCGCCUUCUCCGCGAGAUUUUGUGCAGUCUUCUUAUCACGUUGCAAGUAAGUAAGGAACUCUAAGCUCGUCGUAAUCGCAGAAUGAAGAACGCAGUCCUCUGCUUGCUGGUGCUGGCCCUCGGCGCCGUUAAAGUCCACGCUGGUGAAGUGCCGCGCGAGAUAGCGCAUUUGGUCGCGGACGUUCGUGAGAAAUGCCACCGUGAAACGGGAGUCGACAUCGAGCACGUGGAUAGAACGGCCGAAGGAUACUUCCAUCCCAGCGAGACCCUUGGAUGUUACUUCUCUUGCAUUUUCGGGCAUUUUGAUUUGCUCGAUCACGAUGGACACAUCAAUUUCGACAAACUCAUUCCUAAGAUUCCCGAGUCGUUCAAAGAUCACGGCAUGGAAAUGAUUAACGCUUGCCGCCACCUGACUGGCAAGAAUCCUUGUGACGCGGCAUUCAACAUCGUGCAGUGCUUCCAGAAGACUAACCCCGAGAAAUACUUCGUCAUAUAGAGAGUACUUAGCUCGCCGACGAGAAUAGCAAUAAUCUCUAGCUGGAUAUCCGUCAUUGAUUUCAAUUUACUGGCUGCUAACUGUAUGAAAUGAGAAUUUGAAAUUGUUUGGCGAGUACUGUGGUGACAAAUAAAGAAAGCAUGUUAUAAAUA